UUUAACACAACAAAAUGGCGCACUCUAGCACCACUGUGGGUCAAAUUCAAGCAACACGUGUACUGUGAUGAGCUUGAAGCGUCAAUAAACACCGUUUAAGUGAUGCAAUACGCCAACAAUUGCGUAAAGUGAAUGUAUCAUUAAAAAGGCAGAAUUGUUUGUGUUUUGUGAAAUAUUGUGGAUUGAAAAUAUACCCGGCAUUUGAGAUUUGUCUCAACGAACUCAGCUUUUUCCAACAGACCAGUCAAGAUGGCGGGCGAGGGGAAAGAAGAUGAAUUUACUCCCCUGAGGGGAAGUGCUCCACCUCCUGGGAGGGUGGGAGGAGGCGUUCCCUUCUCCCCCUUCCCCUACGGAUCCCCUUUGCAGCGGGCAGGGCCAAGUCCCACACCAAGAUCAGGAUCUAAAUCUGAUUCACAGAAAAUCUUUCAAACUCCAUUUUCCGGGUCUCCGGGUCAGAAACUACUGCUUUCUUCUUUCUUCAGAGAUGGCGCCAGCAGCGAGGAUAGAAGUUUAGUAAAUGGAAGCGUAAUCACUCCACGUUUAAAGGGGCAAGAUCUCUAUGGAGGUCCUGUAAUGUUCGGAAGCUCUGCUCGUAAAACCAGGUUACUCUCAUCUACUCCAUACAGCUCUGCACUCAGAUUACGAGAUAGAGAUCGGCAGAAGUCUAGAUCUAUUUCUGGAACCGUCGGCCUUGGCGGUACCAUGGGACUACCCGCCGGCGGGUAUACAGGGCUCGGCGGGAAUACAACCGCCGGUGGCAGCGUAGGAACAACAUCAAUGCAAUCCUCCAACUCUUCACGUGGUUCAUCCGGGGGAUCUAGUCCAG